GCCCUUCAUUAGGUUAUAGUAUACAGACUAAGCACCGGACACAAUGAUCUACAUUCUUAAAGAUCAAAACGCAUUUGCUGAGAAAAUAAAGGAGGCUGGGAAUAAAUUAGUUGUGAUUGACUUCUAUGCAAAUUGGUGCACCCCUUGUCAAACAGUUUCAAAAUGGUACCAGGAUCUUCCAGAGCAAUAUCCUGAUGUGAUCUUCUGUAAAGUAAAUGUAGAUGAGGCUGAAGGUUUGCCUGAAAAAUUUAACAUCACCAUGAUACCACACAUUCUGCUGUUCAAGGAUGGGAAACAAAUAGCAACACAGGACGACAACAAAGUCAAAAACAUUCUGAAGAAAAAUAUUGAAGUGCAUUACGAAGUCCAGUGUGUUUCUAAAACCAAGUAAAU